CGGAAAACGUAGAGAUCUAUCCAACGACUUGAAGCCACGCAGGGGGUUUCUGGCAUUUUCUCUUUCUGGAUCCUCUCUGUUUCUCUGUCUCGCUUUAGACAAUCCUUUUUUUCAAAUUAAAUUUUAUAAUUUUUACAAAAUCUGAGCAAUCGGUCGAUAGAAUUGAGUGACUGAGCGAAAGCGAGAGAGAGAGAGAGAGAGAGAGAGAGACAGUGGAUUAUCAAAGUGGUGGAUUCAUAUUUGGUUAGAUUGUGAUCCGUUUUGAUUUUUUGUUUUGUAAAGAAGAAUGGCAAAUACAACGGAUCUAUUUGAUGUUUAUUUUAAAAGAGCAGAUUUAGAUUGCGAUGGUCAGAUCAGUGGAGCUGAAGCUGUUGCUUUUUUCCAAGGUUCUGGUUUACCCAAACAAGUCCUUGCUCAGGUGUGGACUUAUGCUGAUCAGAGAAAAGCUGGCUUCCUCAGUAGACAAGAGUUUUAUAAUGCUCUUAAGCUUGUCACUGUGGCUCAAAGUAAGCGGGAUCUGACCCCGGAUAUGGCUAAGGCAGCACUAUAUGGUCCUGCUUCAGCUAAAAUUCCUGCUCCGCAGAUAAAUCUUGCUGCCACACCUGCUCCUAGAGCAGCUGCACCUGCUCCUAGAGCGGCAACCCCUGCUCCUCAGAUUGCUGGCACCACAUCAGUGGCAUCACAAAAUAUUGGCAUAAGACCGCCACAGGUGCCUGUAAAUGCCAGCACAAACCAGCAGUAUUUCCCACCUCAGCAAAACCAGUUUAUGAGGCCACCUCAAGGUAUGCCUGUUAACUCCAUGUCGCAUCCACAACAAAUGCUUGCCAACCAAGGUGUUCCUAGAGGUGGUAAUAUGACUGCUCCCCGCCUUCCAAAUUCUAAUGUCUCAACUGGUUGGCCGGGUGGCAGUCUGGGCACUGAAACUACCCAAAAUCAAAGCAGGGGAGUUAUUCCUCCAGCAACUCGUGAUGGAUUUGGACUGAUGGCAUCUGGUAUUACGCCAUCUAUGCAACCUAGACCACAGGUGACCUCUGGACAGACACCUUCUACUACUACAACACCUCAAGAUGCUGCUGUGCCCUCUAACCAAUCAGCAACAAAGGAUGUGAAAGUUUCAGGGAAUGGAUUUGCCUCUAACUCGCUUUUUGGAGAUGUAUUUUCUGUAGGUCCUGCUCAACCAGCACAAAGCUCCUCCUCGGCUGCACCAUCUGCCAGUGUCUUACCUGUCUCAUUGCCAAUUGUUACAUCUUCUGUUGGGUCCCAACCUUCAGUUAGGCCAAGCACCCUUGAUACAUUGCAGAAUGCAUUUUCUCAGCGAUCUGUGGGUGGUCUGUCAACUGCAAUAGAAAAUAAAUCUGUUGCAGCUCAAACUUCUAAUGUGACUCCUGGGAUUUCUGUUGGAGCUGGGAACUCAGCUUCCAAUCAGUCUCAGGCUCCAUGGCCAAAGAUGACUCAGUCUGAUAUUCAAAAGUAUAUGAAAGUUUUUGUGCAAGUGGACACAGAUAGAGAUGGAAAAAUAACUGGUGAACAAGCACGCAACCUGUUCUUAAGCUGGAGGCUGCCAAGAGAGGUCUUAAAACAGGUGUGGGACUUAUCCGAUCAAGAUAAUGACAGUAUGCUAUCUUUAAGGGAGUUCUGUACAGCUCUUUAUUUGAUGGAGCGUUCUAGAGAAGGACGUACUCUUCCUACAAUACUUCCUAGCUCUAUCAUGUCCGAUGAGACUCUGCUGUCUGCCACUAGUCACCCCACAGCUUCACAUGGCAGUGGAGCUUGGGGAUCUGCUUCUGUUUUGCGGCAACCGCAAGUUAUGCCUGGUCCACGGCCAACACCUGCUGCUGCAGCAAGGCCACCAAGGCCGCCUCCUGUUCAUCAUGCUGAUGAAAAGCAGCCCGGUCAGCAAAAGCCCAAAGUUCCUGUGCUGGAAAAUCAUCUUGUAGAUCAACUUAGUCAGGACGAACAGGAUUCUUUGAACUCAAAGUUCCAAGAGGCAGCUCAGGCUGAUAAAAAGGUUGAAGAAUUGGAGAAGGAAAUAGCAGAUUCUAGACAGAAGAUCGAGUUCUAUCGUGUUAAGAUGCAGGAACUUAUUUUAUAUAAAAGCCGAUGCGACAAUCGACUUAAUGAGGUAUCUGAAAGGGUGAUUGCUGAUAAACGCGAGGUGGAGGCAUUAGCGAAAAAAUAUGAAGAGAAAUACAAGCAGUCUGGGGAUGUAGCCUCUAAAUUAACUAUUGAAGAGGCUACAUUUCGUGAUAUUCAGGAGAGGAAAAUGGAUUUAUAUCGGGCAAUUGUUAAGAUGGAAGAAGGAGGCACUGCUGAUGGGGUUCUCAAGGAGCGUGCUGAUCGUAUCCAGUCAAGUCUUGAGGAACUAGUGAAAAAUGUGAAUGAACGCUGUAAACAAUAUGGGUUGCGUGCUAAGCCAAUCUCACUGGUUGAGCUACCCUUUGGCUGGCAGCCUGGCAUUCAAGAAGGAGCAGCUGAUUGGGAUGAAGAGUGGGAUAAACUUGAAGAUGAAGGUUUCACAUUUGUCAAAGAGCUCACUCUGGAUGUGCAAAAUGUUGUCGCCCCUCCAAAACCAAAACCCUCAGUUCAGAAAGCAACUUCUACAGAUGAGGAUAUAGGUCCUUCCUCCUCGAAGGCUGAGGAAAAGUCAGAGAAGGUUUCAAGUCCACGUGAGCCAGUUCAAGAGAAAGAAUCACCUCGUGACCGAAGCGAGAAUGGCAUGUUAAGAAGUCCUCCUGAGAGUCCUGCUGGAAGGAGUGCAACAGAGAGCCAAUCACAUGAUUUCCAAGAUUCUCCAUCCAGAGCAGGGAUUGGUGCUGAUGGUUCACCACAUGCCAAAGAAAUCCAAAGUGACAUGGGUGGUACUGAAUCUGUGCAUUAUGGGGAUAGAAGUGGCAAUCUACCUGGCUGGGGUACAUUUGACUCACACUAUGAUACGGAAUCUAACUGGGGAUCUGAUUCUGUUAGUGGCAAGGACUUGGAUCAUGAUAGGCAAGGUGAAAGUUCUUUAUUUGGCAUGUUUGAAUUUGGUUUAAACCCAAUAAAAACAGGCUCCUCAUCGCGUGUAGAUAACACAUACCAAGGGAAGAGCACAUCUUUAUUUGCAGAUUCUGUUCCAAGCACCCCUGCAUAUAACCAGGGAAGAAGUUUGUUUGCAGAUUCUGUUCCAAGCACCCCUGCAUAUAACCAGGGAAGAAGUUUGUUUGCAGAUUCUGUUCCUAGCACCCCUGCAUAUAACCAUGGGAGAGGCUUGUUUGCAGAUUCCGUUCCAAGCACCCCAGCCUAUAACCAGGGGAAUAGCUCAUUUGGAUUUGCAGAUUCAGUUCCUGGCACCCCUGCCUAUAAUUUCGGGAACUCUCCAAGAAAGUUCAGUGAAGGGUCAGAGGACCAUUCCUUUGACAGCUUCUCUAGGUUCGAUUCAUUCACAUUGCCUGACAGUGGAUCAUUUCAAUCUCCACGCCAUUCUCUUGGAAGAUUUGACUCCAUGCGCAGCACUAGGGACUCUGAUCAAGGUUAUGGGUUCCCAUCAAGGUUUGAUUCAUUUAGUGAAUCCAGAGACUCUGAUCAAAAUCAUGGCUUUUCAAGGUUUGAUUCUUUCAGAGACUCUGAUCAUGGCUUCUCACGGUUUGAUUCGUUCAGAGACUCCGAUCAAAAUCAUGGAUUCUCACAGUUUGAUUCGUUCAGAGACUCCGAUCAGAGUCAUGGAUUCUCAAGGUUUGAUUCAUUUAGAGACUCCGAUAACAGUCAUGGGUUCCCGUCAAGAUUUGAUUCAUUUAGAGAGACUGAUAACAGUCAUGGGUUUCCCCCAAGUUUUGAUUCAUUUAGUACUAAUGACACUGGAAUUUUCCAAUCAACUGGCAAUUCAUUUGCGAAGUCUGAUUCUGCGCGCGGCUCUAAUGACCUUGAUAAUAGUCAUGGAUUCUCAUCCUUUGACGACACUGAUCCAUUCGGCUCCACAGGGCCAUUUAGGACAUCGGUCGAGAGUGAAACUCCAAGAAGAAGUUCUGACAACUGGAGAGCUUUCUAGUGAGGUAGUGGACAUCAUAUUCUUGCAUGCUUUCCCUCCAUAUGAAGAGAUCUGGUCUUGUAGGUGUCGCAGCCUUGUUCUUCGAUGAGUAUAUAUAUACAUAGGGUGUGGUUGAGGAAGUAUUGGUUGUGCCUUUGUGGUGUUAAGACCUUGUUUGAUUUUGCAGAUAAUUUUUUCGUUUACAAGUGAAUUUACUUUAAUCUUUUGUUAAUCUUUUGUUAUGAUUUUUUUGAUAAGGAGGCAUGGAUUACAUGUAAUUCUUUCCAAACAUAUACUCUAAAACACAUGUUUGUGAUAUCGAAGUCUAUUUGAAUUUCGUUUCUGGAGAAAUAUGGUCUCUGGAAGCCUGGUUUCCA